GGUGAAAAGUGUUUACUUAUAGCCGUUAUUCUGGGUAUUGAGACUGAAUCGACCAUACUGGAGGCCAAACAUUAUUGGAAUAUAUCUCAAAAAAGAAGUCAAAUUUUAGCUAAAUUUUUAAAAUUAAAGGAAGAAAUAAAAGAUAUGCAAGUUGAAUUUAUAGAAAAUGGGAAGUUGAAAAAAAGAAGGAUUAUAAUUGGAACUAGUUUGGAAUUUGAAAUUGCCGUUUUCUCAUUUUGUGCAUUGUCAUAUAAGAAAAUGGGGAAAUGGAAGGUUAUAUUUAUUUUAAAUUUGAUAAUCAAGAUCUAUAGUAAGGAGUUUAAUUAA